UCUAGGAAAACGUGACAAGUGUAUCGGCUAAAGGGUUAUAUACUGCGAGUUACGUCUACAGCCAAGUCUUCAGGGAACUUUUGGAAAUUUCAGUUCUCUUUAGACGACAGUUACAGUUGUCGGACGUUUGUGAUUUCAUCAAUAUCAUCAUGACCGUUCUGUUUGUAUCCUUACUUGCGUGUAUUUUGGUGCAUGGAAUUGUAGGCGCUGGUUUUGAUUUUGGGGCCAUUGCCGAAUGGUAUAAACAGCAUCAUAGCCAAGGAGGUAGUCACGGAACCGGAAGUCACAGCAGCGGCGGAUCCGGAUCCGGAUGCGACAAUACAGAUGACAGAGAUCAUGUCAUCAGGCUGCUCACGGACUGGCAUUAUCAUCACGAAUCUGAUGCCUUUCAGAAGUUCUACUCUGAUGUAGCAUUGAUUGACAUGGAGACUGUCGCUGGAUCCCUCCCCAAUUCACGACGAGCGACCCAUUAUAAAAGUACUCACGACGAGGCCUACACCAACCACGAUACGACACCAGAUAUUUCUCAUCUGGAGGAACUCGUUAAGGCUGACAAUAUGAAUUCGGUUUGUCGAAUGGAUAUUCUUCAUCUAAUUGAAAGAUAUGAACACAUAUCGACUAAGCCUACCACUCCUCGGGAAACUGCCAGACCUGAUACAACGCACGCGCCUACUACACCCAUGCCUUCCACACAUGCACCUACUCCUGUACCGACACAUACUCCUAGACCGACACAAACUUCGAGACCGACACAAACUCCGAAACCGACACCGGCUCCAACUACACCUGCUCCUAUCGUGACGACACCAAAACCUGUUGCUGUUUCAAAAAACACUUGUGACCAACUGACACUAGUUUCUGAUCUGGCAAACACAAAUCUAAUCACCCACCCACUGGCGGGAUUUUGUGCCGACGCCUCCCGAAGUCAAUCCGAGGCUCUGGUAUUGCAAGCAUGUAGCGCUCCAGCCCCAGUGCAGUGGCGGCAGGGUGGACAGGUUUUAGGCAACUGUGCUAACAUACCAAAGUUUAGCCCUAUCUCUACCUUCCUGCUCGGAAACUACGUAAUGGACGGAUCUUCUCUGAGUGGUAUUCUGCUGGAUUGUCUUCCAAACGGAUUCAAGAUGGCAACACAGCUGUGCGGUCAUACACCUCAGAUCUACGACAUCUUAGGAGGAAGUGCCGAUUCAAGGCAGGACGCCGGAAGUUACUAUCUCGUCACGUGGUAGCCACGUCACGUGACCUCAUGUAUAUAAUAUGGAAAUAAAGGAAAUAACUUGUUAACAUA